CGAUAUAACCAAUAUGAAUUACACAGAUAGCAAAGCAGACAUAAAUUCAAAAGCGACUACGAUUUCGCCUGAAGUGUCGGUUGUAGAAGUAAGCAAAUGGCAAAAUUUCAAGGAUUCUUUCAAAAGGGCAGAAUUUACCCCAGCCAUCUCAAAAAGGGAUUAAAAAAAAGACAACUUCAAAUGAUUGCCCUAGGUGGAUGCGUGGGAAGUGGCCUACUUGUGGCAUCAGGAUUGGCAUUGAAGAAUGGACCAGGUAGUUUGCUAAUAGCAUGGGCCAUAGUUUCUUCAUUUUUAUAUUGUACAAUGCAAUCAUUAGCCGAAUUGUCGUCUGUAUACCCCGUUUCCGGCUCCUUUGCAACCUAUGCAACCCGUUUUAUUGACGCAUCUUGGGGGUUCGCCAUGGGAUGGAACUACGCUCUAUUUUGGGUUAUUGUUUUACCUCUUGAAUUAGUGGCAUCUUCGAUGACUAUUAAUUUUUGGCAUUCAUCCAUCAACUCAGUUGUGUGGGUGGCAGUGUUCUACGUAGUGAUAGUUGUUCUUAACUUAUGUGGAAACAGAGGAUUCGGUGAGACAGAAUUCGUUGCUUCUGUGAUAAAACUCUUGGGGAUUGUGGGCUUUAAUAUUCUUGCAGUGGUCUUGAUUUGCGGUGGUGGAGAUGAAGGAUACAUUGGAGGAAAGUACUGGCACAGUCCUGGAGCAUUCACUACGGGGUUUAAAGGGGUUAUUUCAGUAUUAAUUACGGCAACUUACUCCUUGGCAGGUACUGAAUUGAUUGGAUUGACUUCAGCAGAAUCAGAAGGAAAUCCAAGAGUUGUACUUCCCAAAGCCAUUAAGCAAGUGUUUUGGAGAAUUAUUAUCUUUUACAUGUUGACAUUAACUUUGAUUGGUUUUCUUGUGCCUGCAAAUUCAGACCAAUUGAUUGGAUCUUCAUCAGGUGCCUCAAAUUCCCCAUUUGUGAUUGCAAUUAGAAAUGGCGGAAUAAAAGUUUUACCUUCUAUUUUCAAUGUUGUUGUUCUUGUAGCAUUGUUAUCCAUUGGUAAUUCUGCAAUUUACGGAUUUUCUAGAACUGUUCUAGCACUAUCAGAACAAGGUUUGGCUCCAAAAUUCCUUGGGUAUGUUGACAGAAACGGAAGACCGCUUAUGGGAAUACUUGUAGCUGCAAUUAUUGGGUUAUUAGCAUUUGUCUCAGCCUCGCCAGUUCAAUCAGAAGUCUUCGCGUGGUUAGUUUCUUUAUCUGGUCUUUCAACUUUGUUCACCUGGGGAAGUAUAAAUGCGUGUCAUAUAAGAUUCAGGGCAGCAAUGUCUGCACAAGGAAGAAGUCUUGAUGAAUUACCAUAUGUGUCCAAUACAGGUCUUUGGGGAUCAUACUACGGGUUAUUCAUGAACGUUCUUGUUUUGGGAUUUCAAUUCUGGCUCUCAUUGUUUCCUCUCGGAGGAAGACCAAACGCGAAGGAUUUCUUUGAGAGCUAUUUGGGUUCAAUUUGUGUUCUCGCUUUCUACGUGUGCCACAAGAUAUAUUCUAGAAAUUUGAAGUUUUUGGUGAAGGUAGACGAUAUUGAAAUUGAUACUGGAAGAAGGAAUGUGGAUGUGGAAAUGUUGAAACAAGAAAUCAUGGAAGAAAAGGAACAAACUGAAAAACAACCACUAUACUAUAGAAUAUACAGCUUUUGGUGUUAAUUGAAUUUAUAGAGUUUUAAUGAUUAACGGUUCAUUCAGAAGC